GAGGCGCUUGCUCACUCCCAGGAUAGAUGAGUCGAGCCCAAUUCUGGGCUGGACAGGAAACAGGAGACGCAUAGCGUGCCUCACGCAACAAUCCUGGGAAAGAGAAUGAGGAUGGGAGUAUGUAUGUGUUUGCAUGUCGAGCUGUUAGUUUAAAAAAUAUGAGGACAACGGGCACUACAAUUCUUYCAACUGAUUCACAGAAGCGUGUUAUUUCGACCAUUAAUUCACGGUAUUUGGAACAAAUCUCGUGAUUACUGCCUUUGGUUUUCAUCAUCCAUUGGGCUGAACACAGAAGAGGAGCCGCUGUUAAAUCCCAAUUUGACUGACAUAAAAGCUUGGUCCUGACUGUUGCGUUGGCUUCAUUUGACCUCUGACCUGAGUGGGACAAAGGGAGAGACACACCAGAGAUGGCUGAUAUGUCUGAUGAUGAGCUGGACCACGGGGGAGUGGAGGAGGACAGUGAUAAGGAAGACCAGGACCUGGACAAAAUGUUUGGAGCCUGGUUGGGAGAGCUGGACAAACUCACACAGAGCCUGGAUGACGGGAAGCCACAGAAGCCAGUCCAGAAGGCCCCUCUCAGACAGGAAACCAACAUGGCUAACUUUUCGUACCGCUUCUCCAUGUACAACAUCAACGAGGCUCUGAACCAGACGACAGAGACCGUAGACCUGGAUGCCCUGAUGGCUGACCUGUGUUCCAUAGAACAGGAGCUCAGCACCAUCGGCAAGCCCAAUACUGGCACCGCCCGCCAGGCUAAAUGUCAACAGCGAGGCCCGGGGGGUCGCAGCGCCAGUGCCAAGCAGACUGGCAGCGGUGGAGGGGGUAGCAGCGGGGGCAGCACCAGCAGUAGUACCCGGGCGUCACCAGCCUCCACUGUCCGAGGGGGCAGCUCCAACACCCAAGGGCGCCCGUCUGCAUCGAACUUCUCGCUGGACGACAUCACGGCCCAGUUAGAGCGGGCGUCACUCAGCAUGGACGAAGCGGCGCACCAGACUUCUUCCUCCUACUCCUCUGCCACCCUCCGGCGGCCCUCGGCGGGUUCCUCGUCCUCGCARCACCGGAGGACGGGCUCAGUUGGCGCGGUUAGUGAACACGAGGCGGGGGGCCACUCCUCGAGGUCCAGCGUUAAUUCUGCGUCUGCGUCCAGCAUGGACUCUCUGGAUAUCGACAAGGUGCUGUCUAGGACAGCAGGAGGGGCCGAGCAGGAAGAAGAGUCCCAAGGCCCCCAGCCACCACAGGGCCCGGCCAGUACAGAGGAGGAGCAGGGGGCCAAAGUGAAGGCCGAGAAGAUCCGAGUGGCCCUGGAGAAAAUCAAGGAGGCGCAAGUCAAAAAGCUGGUGAUCCGGGUGCACAUGUCGGACGAGAGCUCCAAGACCAUGAUGGUGGAUGAGAGACAGACUGUCAGACAGGUGCUGGACAGCCUGCUGGACAAGUCCCACUGUGGCUACAGCCCCGACUGGUCACUGGUGGAGACCAUCAACGAGCUGCAAAUGGAGCGGAUCUUUGAGGACCAUGAGAACUUGGUGGAGAACCUACUGAAUUGGACCAGAGACAGCCAUAACAAACUGAUGUUCAUCGAGCGCAUCGAGAAAUAUGCCCUCUUCAAGAACCCCCAGAACUACUUGUUGGGCAGGAAGGAGACCUCUGAAAUGGCCGAUAGGAAUAAAGAGGCCCUACUAGAGGAGUGUUUCUGUGGCAGCUCAGUGUCAGUACCAGAAAUAGAGGGAAUCCUCUGGCUGAAGGAUGAUGGGAAGAAGUCGUGGAAGAAGCGAUACUUCCUGCUGCGCGCAUCGGGAAUCUACUACGUGCCGAAAGGCAAAGCUAAGGCCUCCAGGGACCUGGUAUGCUUUCUACAGCUGGACCACGUUAAUGUGUACUACGGCCAGGACUACCGCAGCAAGUACAAGGCCCCCACAGACUACUGCCUGGCCCUUAAGCACCCCCAGAUCCAGAAGAAGUCCCAGUACAUCAAGUAUCUGUGCUGUGACGACGUCAGGACCCUCCACCAAUGGUUCAACGGCAUUCGCAUCGCCAAGUACGGGAAACUGCUGUAUGUGAACUACCAGGAGGCCAUGAAGCGCACGGAGGCGGCCUACGACUGGUCCUCCCUCUCCACCUCCAGCAUCCGCUCUGGCUCCAGCUCCGGCUCAGCCAGUCUGCCCGAGUCCCAGUCGAACCACUCGGGCCAGUCAGACAGUGGAGUGGACACGGCCUCCAGCCACGGGCGCUCCCAGAGCGUGGUCAGCUCCAUCUUCUCUGAGGCCUGGAAGAGAGGAACGCAGAUGGAGGAGAACACCAGGAUGAGGGAGUCCACCCGAGGCGCCACCCUCCCCCACCCUGCCCAAACGCACCGCCAGACCCCACAACUGGAACCCCCUGCGUUGGCUGCGCCACCACAGCCACAACAGCARCCGCCUCCCCAGACUCGCAGCAGCUACACCCACGCUCUACCCCCCAAGCCACAGGGGGGUACCUCCUCCCCACUUCAACAGCAACUGCCCCCCCAGAUCCGCAGCAGUUACACCCAGGUCUUGCCUACCCUGCCCCAACAGCCCUCCCCUCCACCGUCCCAACAGCCCUCCCCUCCAGCCCAAGAACAGCCCUCCCUCCACCGCCCAACAGCCCUCCCUCCACCGCCCCAACACCCUCCCCUCCCCCGCCCCAAACAGCCCUCCCCUUCACCGCCCCAACAGCCCUCCCCUCCACCUGCCCCAACAGCCCUCCCUCACCGCCCCAACAGCCCUCCCCUCACCGCCCCACAGCUGCCCCCCAGAUCCGCAGCAGUUACACCCAGGUCUUGCCUACCCUGCACAACAGCCUUCCCUCCACCGCCCCAACAGCCCUUCCCUCCACCGCCCCAACAGCUGCCCCCCCAGAUCCGCAGCAGUUACACCCAGGUCUUGCCUUCCCUGCCCUUCCCUCCACCCCAGAACAGCCCUUCCCUCCCCGCCAGAACAGCCCUUCCCUUCCACCGCCAGAACAGCCCUUCCCUCCACCGCCCAGAACAGCCCUCCCUCCACCGCCAGAACAGCCCUUCCUCCACCGCCCAACAGCCCUUCCCUCCACCGCCCAACAGCCCUUCCUCCACAGCCCCAAACCCUCCCUCCACCGCCCCAACAGCCCUUCCUCCACCGCCCCAACAGCCCUUCCCUCCACCCCCCAACAAGCCCUUCCCCCACCGCCCACAGCCCUCCCCUCCACCGCCCCAACAGCUGCCUCCCCAGAUCCGCAGUAGUUACACCCAGGUCUUGCCCUCCCUUUCACCAACCCCCCCCAGCCCACCCCUUACACCACUCUCCCUGCCCCCCCAGCGCUUUCUCCACCACCCCAACAGCUACCCCCCCAGAUCCGCAGCAGUUACACCCAGGUCUUGCCCUCCCUGCCCCCCAACCCUCUCCACCACCCCCCCCCAGCUCUCUCCACCACCCCCCCAGCUCUCUCCUCCACCACCCCAACAGCUGUCCCCACAGCCCUACAGCCAGCUACAACCAAGCUGUGCCCCCUCCACCCCCGCCACCCCCUCCCCGCCACCCCUGCCUGCCAGCACACCCCUCACUACAUCGGGCCCCACAGUGUUCGCAAGUACACACCAUCACCCGGCUGCAGAACCAGAACGCCCCCACCAGGCCGCCAAUCACCACAGGGCGCAGAACAACCACCAAAGCCCCACCCAGGGCCGUCAGUCAAGCCCCGCCUUCUCCCCAUCAGACGCUGUCAAACCGCUGGUCAAACAAACAUCAACGUCCCGCCUCCCCCGCCCGCCCCUCCCCCCCUCCAUGCCUUGCUCUGGUCGGCCAUGGCCCCGCACUCCGCUCGUUCCCCCAGCCCGCGCCGGCCUGCCCCAGCUUCCAUCCCACCACCGCCGGGAGCAACGGCAAUCCCCCCUCCCCUCCUCCUCCACCGCCCCAGACCCCAUGCCAGGUCUGCUGCCCAUUGCCCUACGUGCCAACGCCCUCCGGCGAGCACUGGCCCAGAAGUUUCCCCAGCGUCCCCUCCAGGCCUCUGUCCCACCCGCUGCCAGACUUUGCAGCAGUACUCGCCCGCAGCUGCUCCCCCCCGCUGCCCUACCCAAAACCUUCUCCCCGGUGCUUCUCUCCACCACAAGUGCCCGGAAGCCUCUCUACCCUGUUUCCCCUCUCCCCCCCGCCCCACCUCUGCCCCUACUCCUCCCCCACCCCCACCCCUCCUCCUCCGGUUCAAUGAAGAAGCAGCACAGCCUCCCAGAUAGCUCACACCCCCAACCAGCCCCCUCCCAAUUUCCCAAGCAGCACAGCCUCUCCAAGCCGCCACACCAUGUCAUCACGAGCCCGCCCACCACUACCUCCCUGCGUGAAAACAGAUGGCAAGCCAGUUCCCAGGGUCCACACUGUCAACCAAUCAACUUGAGAGCGCCAAAGCCCCCUAUCCCCUCCUGCGGCUCUCAUGCUGGGGCGCCAGGAAGCCCCAAGCGGCCCGCCACCCCCCAGAAGGCCUCCAGCAUCAAGGUAGCAGUGGUAAACCCCAGCAAAAGUACCGCCGCCCCUCCCGUCCCCCUUCCCCCCGCCACCAUCAACUCCUCCUGGGCAAGGGUCUCCCUGAAGAAGGCCCACCCCCACGCUGCAGCGGAAAAGCCGUCUCCCCCGCGCCCUGUCCCCGCCUCCCCAAAUGCCUGCCCCUUGCCUACCUCGCCCCCCAAGGGGAACAGGGCAACAACGCGCCCCCCAGCCUGGAGCAACUUCAUGGACGACCUGAACCGGACUCUGAAGCGCAAGUCGGUGAGCCGGCAGGGCUCGCUCUCCUCGUCCCGCCUGUCCGGCCCCAAGCUGGAGCCCGCCUCGGGCACCAUGGACGACAUGGAGUUGGCACUGCCCCCUCCACCKCCCGAGUUGCUGUCAGGGGGGAACGUCUCAGGCUAUGCAACGCUACGGCGGGGGCCCCCACCGGCCCCACCCAAGAGGGGGGGCAACACCAAACUGACACACUGACCAGGGGAGUGGUAGAAAGGGAGACUGUUGGAUGAUGCCUACUUUACCUCUCUUGGAGAGGAGCUUCUAUCUAUCAUAUAUCUAUCACACAGGACCGUCAGUGGACAUUGACAAACUGAACUCCUCGUGUUCCAUGAUUAUGAUGGUGAAUACUUAACCAUGUAAAUAAGGAAACGCCAAACCAUGUAUCAGCUUCUUCGCCGUAUGUUUGUGCCACGUAGUCAGAAAACCAUAAUAACGACUCAUUCAUUCUGCAUUGGUACUGCAUGGACAUGCUGUAAAACAUGAAGCUCUGUGUGUGUGUGUGUGUGUGUGUACCCGUUUUGUGUGCGUACCCGUGUAUGUGUGCAUAUGCAUCCAUAUGUGUGAGAGCGAGAGAUAAAUGGGGGACAGCUCAUAAAGGAAGGCCUCUGUAAUAGGGAUUGCUAUUUUGCCUCUGUUUUUAUAUGAAGUUAUUUAAUACAUGAAAGGAUUUUCUUUAUAGUUACGUUUUUAAAAGCUGCAAGUAUGUUGGAGAGAUGCGGAUAAGAUCGAAAAACUUUAAUCAAUGAGAUAAGAAUUCUCAGAGAGUUUUGACAUUUCCUAAGUAUUCCCUGAAUGUUUUACAAGUGUAAAACGCAAAUCGGAAGGACGCCUUUUUUCACAGACGAUUGCACUCUCGAAAGAAUCUCCAAAUGGAAAAAAAUGAGAUUCUCUCCUCCCAAAGGCACGAAACCAUGACUGUGCACCUGGUAACAUUUGUGACUGGGAAUAAUUUUUUGUUUGUUMAUUUUUAAUUUAAUGCAUACAAUUUUUUUUGCUUAACUGAAGACUGGAACGGCACGUUGUGUGUAUGUCUUUCGAAUGCCCUGUGGGUUGUGUGCUGUGUUUGUUUGACCUUUGACCUGACCGGCAUCUGAGUCGGGUUCAUUAGGCACCAAGCAGAAGAAACGGACUGUGAAACAGGGAGGGACUCACUGGAUUUGUCCAAUAAGAAACACACAUUUUCGAUUUUCGUUGGGACAUGCUUUAAAAUGUUUGGUGCCUAAUGAACAUCUGCUUCUGUUUAUCUGUACAGUAACAGCUUCUGCUCCCCUCCCAUCGGCCCCUGCCGCCUUUAGAUUGUCACAUGACAUGGCCUAAAAAUCAUAGAAAUAGAAUGUACAGAGUGGGGGCAGCUAUGCUCCAGGUGCCGUUUACCAUAUACUCAGUUAUUCUCAACAUGGUGGCUAAAAUUGAAGCGACACGUUGUUGCUUUAAGGUACUGAUCAUUGAAUUAUGUUGCCAGUAGCAUUAGACUAGACCUGACUGGCUAAAUUAAUUCACAAAUUCCCGUCUGGCUCGCAUUAAAAUUGAAUGUUGCUUUCUAUAUCCUGUUUUUAUGGCCUAAACAUCCCAGUGUGGUGCAGUUUCCUGCUUCUCCUGCCAAAGGGCAGUGCAGAGAGGGGGCGGGCGGGGUUCUCGCACCAAUGCCUUCAUUUCAAGGGUGCUAGUACUUAUUGUCCUAAUAAGCCUGGCUAUCAAGGUGCUGACAUCUUAAAAGUUCAAUGUAGGGUGUGUCCCAAUUCUCCACUCUUCUCCCGAAGUGUGACCAUCUUGGAUUGGAUUGAUAGAAGCAUUAGCUUCGGUUUCCACUAUUUUCAGCAAUAGCUACAGUAUAGCGACCAUAACCAAAUAAAGCUGAAUGACUGAACUCAAGUGGACCAUGAAUGUUGAGGGACCACUACUAGACGCAUAAAACAUGCUGUCAUGUUAAUCUUGCUUAUCUAUAUUGCUUCUGCUCUGUAUUGGUGAAGUUGGCUCUAGACGCUGAUCUUGGGUCAGUUGCGCAUUUUUGCUGGUUGGGGGCAGGGAAGCUGAUCCUAGAUCUGUACCCAGGGGAAACUUCACACCAGAGCCUGUGCAUUUUCAUGAUUGAAUAUCAUCCUUUUCAGGUUGUUGGUUUGCAGUAUGUCAAACUGAAGUAGGCAUUAAAUUAUUGACGUGUUGUGUAUCUGAUUUUGGGGGCCAUAUGAAACUAAAUGAAUAAAACGGGGGGAGAUCGCAGACUAAAUGUCUCUACUUGCCGAAGAUCACAAUAUAAAUGUUUGUAAUCAUA